GCAGCGACACGCGCCGGCGCCGGCCACGCUCUCAGCUGACCGCCGCACGUGUGCUCCUCCCCCCUCCUCCUCCACCUCUGCCGGCGCUACACCCGUACCACCUCGCUACUCGCCGGCGUCGCUGUGCGGAUAACACGUCGUCACUCGUCGCUAGUGUGAUUCGCGUGUGUACCUCACGACACCAUGACGCCGGAUGCUGCACUAUCUCGUUCGGCACCUCGCGCCGCCUCCGACAGUGAUAGCGUUUAAGUUCUCGACAAACAGUACUCUGCCCUAACCUACUGUUACCGACGAUGGCACACCGUAGCCUCUUUGUGUACCACCUUUGACAGUUUCGAAUCCGCAUACAGAACCACAUUCUCUACCUCUUCGGAACAACCAGCGUACCCUCAGACUUACGCGUUAAAAAUCAAAAGAAACUUGGUCGUCAUUUUUCCUCGUGUCACAAGAGAAGUGUGCUAGAUGCGACCCGGCUCGCUGACUGAAGACUGCGCCCGCACUGCCGAGUAAUCGGAGAGAGCGAGUCGACCAACUGUCACCACCGAUGAAGAUGUCGCAUAAAAGGAAGCCGAGCAGCGUUCACAAGGACAACGUGUCGACACCGGAACCCGAGAUGCCUGACGAGGAGCACUUUCAAGGUCGUAAUGGUGACCUACGUCUACAUGAAGAGAGAGAUGGAGUUGCUGAUGAGGUCUUGUGGAGCGGAUACCACAAUGCCCUCGGUCUUAAGAAGUCGGCCCAGCGUGAACAGUCUAGCCCUCUGCUGUUAAGUGAUCGCAGCCUUACUCAGGAAACAGGUUCUGUGCAUGAUGAGACAUCAUCAAGUGGCAACAAGGAAGACGAAGAUGAUGAUGAUGAUGACACUGAGGACAAGAUUGAUCCCCAGCAAUACGACCCUGAGAGGCUCAAAGCUUUUAAUAUGUUUGUACGCCUCUUUGUGGAUGAGAACCUGGAUCGUAUUGUACCAAUUUCGAAGCAGCCCAAGGAGAAGAUACAGGCGAUAAUUGACUCCUGCACACGGCAAUUUCCCGAAUUUGCCGAGAGAGCACGCAAGAGGAUCAGGACUUACCUUAAGUCGUGCCGCCGCAAUAAGCGCUCUCGGGAUGGAAAUGGAGCAUGGGAAGCUGUAAGGACUACACGACCCACCCCUGCACAUCUGACUUCAGUUCAAGCUGAGCAAAUUCUGGCACAGGCCUGCGAGAAUGAGAGCCACAAUGCAAAACGAAUGCGACUUGGUCUGGACCCUGUCAGUCAGCCAUUGCCUCUUACACCACAACCUGCAGAGGGCAGGCCACUUGCAUUGGACUUCCCAGCCACCACAUCAGGCAAUGAUGUUCGUCCCGCCCAUACUCGAGGUUCAAGUGACUUGCCAGAUGGAAGCCCCAACAUGCCCCCGACAUUUGGCCCAGUUACUGUAAGUUCUGGCCUGAAGAGCUCAGUUCCGUCCCCAGUAACAGACUCCACUGCAAAGGUAGCAAGUACUGUUGGAGUUGUGAAUGGUGCAACCCCUAUCACGCCAACGACGACACCUGCCACUGCCUACCGCCCUAACUUUGGACAGGCUUUCCAACGUGUUGCUACAUCUGGCCCUUAUUCAGCACCGCUGUUUCCAGCACCACCAUUUGGAGCUGCUGGGAUGAUUAGCAAUGGACCUACAGAUCUAAGCAUGAAGACAAAACCACUGCUCAGCCACAAACUGAGCACCGCCGAAAUAGUAGCAGUAAGGCAGUUGAUUACUGGGUACAGGGAAUCUGCUGCAUUUCUUCUCCGGUCUGCAGAUGAGUUAGAACAGCUCUUGCAGCAACAAUGAUUGACCUGAGAAUGGACAUGGUGAUCUGCACAGAGACUGAAGCAAAAUGAAUGCAGGGAUCUCAGAUUUCUCCACUGUGUACAAAGUGUGAAGACAUUGUGUCAAGGGAUGUUUGGUUCAUUGUGCAUUUAAACAUCUUAUUUCAUGAUCUGGUGUCCUUGUGUGUGUGCUGGUAGUACUUCUUUGACUUUGAUGUAUUUCAUGUGAACACUUUGCUUAAACUGAUGUGUGAUACAGAACAAGUUUUCUGGGAUAUUCCAGCUGCGUGAAGAAGAAGCAAAUUGCUUCAACAACUUAUUCAUGAUGAGUGUAAUAAUGGAAAGCACUUAACAUUAUUAAACUGUGCUAAACAUUUUUCAAGAUGAAAAAAAAAAGACUUUAAACUCUGUAAAGAUAUUUGAUGGACCAAUUACAUGCUCUCACUCAUGUAAUAGCUAAUGCAGCACUUUUGUACUUAUUUAUAACAAUUUUUUCCUGACCCUGCACUGUCAUAUGCCUUUGUUAUCAUUAUCAAUAUCAGAGUCACUAUUUAUAUCAGUCAUUUACUAUGAAAUGUAUAUUUUUGGUGUUGACUACAUUUUGUUCCUAACAGAUACAUUUGUAGACAAGUGUUGGUCAUGUUUUUGAUUUCUUCAACAGGAACAUGACUCACAGACAGAACUUACCAGUAAUUUGUGAUUAUAAAGAGUUUACCAGUUUUUUGAAAUUGUAAGUUAUAGGCCUCUGACUCUGCAAAAACGAAAAAAAAGAAACAUCCUCUUGUACAAAUAUGGUUGAUGUGUUUUUCAUGAGAUAGAAGCUGUCUUUAAUUCAUUGAUUAGGAAAUGUCUGAGGACAAUACACAGAGUAAGCGUAUUGGACAUGUUUGUCUUUCAUGAAACCAGAAACAUAUUUGCUAGUUUAUAACAUUUGUUGCAUGCAUGCAAAUACAAAACGCACUUUGAGGAAGAUGUAAUGGUUGUGUGACUCGUUGUCAGUUUCCUCAUAUUCUUUCUGUGUUUCUUGUGACAUGUGUUUUAUAUUUGUGCAAUCAUAAUGUUAAUUCGAACCUCUGUAUGUGGAUAUUCCUAAUUCCAUCCAUAGCAUUAGCUGAUGCACACUACUUAAUGCAACUUCUCUAAAAAGAGAAAAUUAUUUGGCAAAAAAAUUUUAAAAUAUUCUCAGCAGCACUGUGCAAUCGAUGUUUCAAAUGUUUUGUCU